UAACGAAAACACGGUGGAGUUCAAACAUAACCUCUUCGAAUGAUUUGUUUUGUGAGUUUGCUCGACAGUGUUAUUCUUCGAAAAAAUAAAAAAGCGACAUAGAAUUAAAAAUUACUGUAACAGCAAGCAAAGAAACCUUUUGGAAUAGUAAAGAAAUACUGACAGGGAUUUAAUUUUUCUCUUCCUCUCGAAAGGAGUUGGUUUCGAGUUCACCUUAAACUGUCGAUAUGUUGAUCCUCACUCGAAGUCUCUUACGACAUAAUCUACUGGAAAGAUGCUUAACGAGUGUUCCCCGAUCGAUCCAGUAUCUGAGUACGGUGAGCGAAGCUCCGACCGUUGAACAGCAUCUUUCACAAUCAAAGGUUCCACGCCUGAAGACGAUUUACAAACUUCCGUUCAUCAAAGAGGCAAAUUUCAUCAACAAAAUGAAAUUCCACCACACAGUCGUAUUGGGUAUCUACGUUCCGGUUGCUUGUUACAGUUAUAUUUUUCAAACUAGCAGUCCGGAAUACAUCAUUAUAAUUGGAGUUUGGAUUGUCUCUAUAACUGCACUGCUCUAUUCUCUCGGACAUUUCUGCAACAAUUUAAUAGGAUUUAUUUAUUACAAUGAACAUAACAAAAUGUUGAGGUUAUCCUAUGUCGCCACCUACGGAGGCAGGAAGGACCUCGACUUGCCAUUGUCAGACAUAGUAGGGCUUUCCCCGCCGAAAUCUAAUUUUCUGGCCAGGAUGUAUGAAAAUCUACGAGUCAAGUCUCCCAACAAUACGUUCAAGUUAAACCUCAGUGCUGGAAAGAUAUUGGACUACGAACUGUUCGAAACGGUACUGAAGGGCAACCCGUGAAAUGCUCCGAAGCAGCGUAGCUCUGUGAAUCUGAAUUCUAGAGGAUAAGAGAAGACAAGAUUAAGUGCUCCAUCUCACCGUUGACUCUUAUCGAUUGCAUUUUUACCGUAGUAUAAUGGAAAUGUAUAUAAAAGAAGAAACAUGGAACCAAAAUUAAAAACGACACGUUAAAGGGACUUCACCUUAAA